AUGACAAGCAAUGUUGCGCCGACCGGUCUGGCGCGGGAUCUCAGGCAGCGCCAGGACGCGGGAAAGCCGGUCCGUAUCGGCCUGAUCGGCUGCGGCGAGAUGGGCACCGACAUCGUCACGCGCGCCGCGCUCAUGGACGGCAUCGACGUGGCCGCCAUCGCCGACCUGACCCCGCAAGCCGCACACAGGGCGGUCGAGAUCGCCCAUGGCGAGGCGGGACACUCGGCCGACUGCAAGUCGACCGACGACCUCAACGCACUGAUAGAGCGCGGCCGCACGGCCAUUGCCUCCGAUGCGGCGCAGAUCUUCGAAAGCGGGCUGAUCGACGUUGUCAUCGAUGCGACCGGCGUCCCCUCCGUCGGCGCGGAACUGGGCCUUGCCGCCAUGGAGCGCGGCAAGCAUCUGGUGAUGAUGAACGUCGAGGCCGACGUCACCAUCGGCGCCUUCCUGAAGGCGGAGGCAGAGCGCCUUGGCGUCGUCUAUUCCCUCGGCGCGGGCGACGAGCCCUCCUCCUGCAUGGAGCUGAUCGAGUUCGUCUCCGCGAUGGGCCACACGAUCGUGUCCGCCGGCAAGGGCAAGAACAACCCGCUCAACAUCGACGCCACCCCGGACGCCUAUACCGCCGAGGCGAAGGCCCGCAACAUGAACGCGCGCAUGCUGGUCGA